AUGUCAAGUUCGACAGCGUGUGCUGUGAAGAGCACAGCCCCUUGCAGAGGCGAGUACAAGCCCAUCACCUUGCGCAACGGGCUGCGUGUGCUACUCUGCUCUGACCGGGCAGCAGACCGUGCAGCUGCUGCGCUCGACGUCCAUGUAGGCUUCUUCAAUGAUCCGCCGGCCGUACAAGGGUUGGCUCACUUCUGCGAACAUAUGCUCUUCUUGGGCACCGAGCCCUUUCCGGAAGAGAACAGUUUUGAUGCGUACUUGACUGCGAACAGUGGCUACUCGAAUGCCUACACGGAAGCCGAGGACACUUGCUUCUUUUUUAGCUGCAGCACAGCGGGCUUGCGCUCUGCGCUGGAGCGUUUCGGAACCUUCUUUCAAAAGCCUCUCUUCACGGCCAGCGCGACCGAGAGGGAGGUCAACGCUAUCAACAGCGAGCAUUUGAAGAAUGUGCCAAAUGACGUUUUUCGCCUGGGACAGGUCCUAAACUAUCGGGCCAAUCCUGCGCAUCCGUAUCACCAAUUCGGGACAGGGAACAUCAAGACCUUGCUGCAAGACACUGCUGGUACAGGAGUUAACCUUCGGGCAGAGCUUCUACGGUACUAUCGCCGUUACUACAGAGCACCGCUGAUGACGCUGUGCAUCCUUGGCGAUGCGUCUCCGGACCUGCUUGCUAGUUAUGCAGAACAGUUCUUCGGUGGAAUCCCUGGCGCUGCGGAAGGUGAGCGGCUGGAACCUUCCGCUUCGUAUGCGAAUCAGCCGCUAUUCCUACCAGAAGCAUUUGAGCAAGGAGUUGAAGCAGUGCCGGUCGCUGAUGCAAGGGAGCUGCAGGUAGUGUUCCCAGUGCCGUUUGCACCGGGUACACCGAUUGUCACAGCAGAGGAGGCACCGAAAAGUCCCGCAAGCGGCAGCAUGACUUCUGGAAGCUGGCGCUGGUACAACCCCAGUUCCCACGUUGGAUCCGUGCUGGGCCACGAAGGCCCACACAGCUUGUGCGCCCUCCUUCGACGAAGAGGCUGGAUCACGGAGCUUGAGGUCAGUGGUGCUGAUGACACGGACACUUUCGCAGUUGUGGUGGUUUCCAUGGAGCUGACCGAGGACGGCUUGGCUCACAAGGACGAGAUCCUGGAGCUCUUGUUCGGUUAUCUCAACUUCCUGCGGGGCUUGCCAGCAUGGCCGCAGGAGCUCCUGGCAGAGAACCUGCAGCUCUCAGAAGCUGCAUGGGCAAGCCGGGAGACGGAUGGGCCCAUGGAAGCAACUGUCCAGCUGGCGGGGAACAUGCAGGAUUGGAAAUUUCCGCGUGACUAUCUGCGGGCCAGCACGCGGCUUCGGGACGGGCCAGGUUUGGCAGGCACAGUGGAUGCCCUGCUGCACUUCUUGCGCGCAGACAACAGCAUCAUCACCGCGGUCUCCCGCAAGUUUGAGGACGCUGGGAACGAGACAGAGCCAUGGUAUGGUACCCGCUUUCGGCGGAGGCCACUAUCGCAGCAGCCGCGCUGGCUGCGCGUUUCUGCAGCUCCAGGUUUAGGCCUGCCAGAUCCAAAUCCAUUUCUCCCGCGCAGCCUGGAGCUGAAGGCGCAAAAAGUCAAGAUUUCCUCAAAGAAUGCCAUCGUUCUGCCGGAGAGCAAGAUUGACAAAGUCUGGCAGGCUUUCUUCAGGCAAGACACCGAGUAUGGAGUACCCAAAGCUGGAAUCUUCAUCGAGUUGCGGACAAAGUAUCCGCGAAGCAGCGCUCGUGCUGCAGCCUGUGCCCGAAUCUACGAGUCCAUGUUCCGUCAAGCACUGCAGGAGACCCUGCUCUACGAUGCGGAAGUUGCAGGUCUCGCUUUCAACUUCACCACCUCCAUGCGAGGGGUGGAGCUCUUCUUCGGCGGCUUCGACAACCGCCUGCCAGACUUCGCGUUAACUGCGCUGGGGGCGCUCCUGGCCUUUGACGCUUCUGAUGCCCGAGGUUUCCGGGCCCAAGCAGAUCUACUGCAACGUGAGCUCGACUCCUUCGCAACUCAGGCACCAGCUGGCCAAGCUGCCUACUGGUCAGGCUUGGCGACAGUGGUGGGCGAGAUCUCUCUGAAGGAGCUGCGGCAGGCCUUAGACGGCCUGACGGCCCGAGAUGUUGCAGCCUUUGCCUCAGCCCUUUGGACCUCGCCAGUGGUUGGCGUCUCCCUUUGUGAGGGCAACUUGCGCCCACAGGAGGCAGACAGCUUCAUCGCCAAGGUGAAGGAGGUUCUGAAAGCUGAGAGCUUCAAAGUAGCACCUGAGUCCGAGUGGCCCACGCCACGAGUCGCGAAGAUCCCGGUCAACAGCGUCGGGCCAGGCGUGGUCCUGGUCAACCAGAUCAUGGACCCAACCGAGGAGAACUCUGCUGUGGAGGUCAGCUUCCAGGGUGGCAGCACCCGCAGUGGGACUGAAGCAGACUUCAAGCGCCUGUCUGAGCUGCAGGUCCUGGCAGCAGUCCUCAGCGACGAGUUCUACGAAGAGCUACGGACGCGCCAGCAGUUGGGCUAUGUGGUUGGUUGCCGUUUGGACCGGGGAGAAGGUACCUUUAGACUGGUUUUCCUGGUGCAAGGAGCGGUUCUUGGCCCUUUGCAGGUUCUGGACAGGAUCGAUGCCUUCCUGGAUGGCGCAAUGGGCCUCAUAAAUGCAAAGUCUGAGCAGGACAUAGCAGCCCUCGCAGAUUCACUGGCUGAGGCCCGGCUCGUGCGUCCUCAGCAGCUCCUUGAGUCUAGCCAGAGGCGCUGGGCCGAGAUCUGCAGCCGAUCUUUCCGUUGGCAGCGCCGCUUGGAGGAGGCGCUUGCGCUCAAAGCGGUGAUCAAAGCAGACGUCCAGGAGGCCUUCCUGAGGUGGAUGGCUCCCGGCGGUGCCGAGCGACGGCGUCUGGUCUCGAUAUGUGGCCCUGGUGAGGCGCUUCGAACUGCUGCAGCCGAGUUGAAGGGCAAGGGAGCCCAGGCAGCCGCAAUGGCCAGCCUUGCCUCCGCGCAGCUGAGAGCGGCCCCGCUGCUGGUUCUCGCAGCUGCGAUCUUCGUAGCAUGGCGUGCAUCGCAGUGGGCAACCGCCUGGGUAGCUCCGCUCAGGGUCCAGGCCGUGCCCAAGGUGCAAAUGCGGGCCGAAGCUGCUGAAGCUGCGCCAACUGCUGCUGCAGGACGCUACGCGCCCCCAGCGGACUUGACCGCUCCCCCUUCUGCCGAGAGGAGCCCCUCUGGCCUGGCGUGGCAGGUGCUGGAGAAGGGCGACGGCGGGCUUCCUCCCCUCCGGUCGGACACUAUCCUCGUCAGGUAUACAGGCUGGAGAGCCUCCAAUGGAGAUCUGAUUGAUAGCUCCUAUUUGCGACAAGAGCAGACGAAGGUCAAGAUCACGAGCACCAUCGAAGGUUGGCAGGAAGGUCUUCAAAUGAUGGCGCCGGGGGAGAAGCGGCGGUUCUGGAUUCCCGCAGAGCUCUCUUUUGGUGUGGAGGGCAUUGAUGAUCCUGAGGAGGCAAUUGGGCCACUCGGUGACACCAUCUACGACGUAGAGUUUGUGACGGUCACAGAGCCCGAUGCGGAUCCAAUCUUCGUCUACAUAGGGGCUGGAGCCGCCUUCCUCUUGACUCUGACAACGAUCUUCUCUGCAGUGAAUGAGGAGCCGGAGAGGCGAGAGUACGAGACCUCCGCUCCCUUCUCCGUCUUCGAACGGCCAGACAAGUGA